AUGUCCUCGUCGCGAUCUCCUACUCACACUCGAACUCGAAGCGGUACACAACUCUCAGAAGAAUAUAUCCAGAACAGCUUUCAUAGCUAUUUGAAAUCUUCCUUAACUCAGGCUAAAGUUGAGAGAUUACUCGAUGCAGAUCUUUUGAGUAGUGCUGAAGGCGAUCUCAUGAUCACUGGUCCCGCACUAUGCCUUUAUUUUGCAGCAUUGCGCAGUACCACCAAUCCGCCUUCAGUCCCUCUGCCUCGUCAUAACAAGACCUCCGACCCUACCGAACUAUCAUCGGAAAACUGUCCCCCUCCGUUUGCACCUUUCCUUCGCGUAUGGGCUCAAACUGUCCCUUCUAUCCAGGCAUUAGCUCCAGAACAUCAGCACGAUCUUGCCAGAAUAAUUUGUGAUCUUGAGCCGGUAGCCUCGCCUUUGAAUUCCAAUAUACACGGUAUUGCAGCUGAUCUUCGAGCAGUGGCGAUCGAGAUAAGCCAAAGGCGCUCAUUUCAAGACAGGUAUGCAGCAGAUCUACAGGCAGCAUUGGACUCAGGAAAUGAGCCCAGCAGUCCUAGAGCGAAGAAAGCUUCGUUUGUGCCUCCACCUUCGUACGAAAUGUCACCGCCUUCCUCCGUACAAUCCUCUCCAAAUACACAAAAUCUUCCACUUCCACCACCGUCACCAACCUACAGCGCUGGUCAUCAGGCUGAUAUCCACGACCUUGCCUCACAAUCGUCUUCCCAUCUCUUUCCUUACACGCCUAGCGCUGGAAGUGGCUGGCCUUCCCGAAGUUCCUCUCCCUCGAUAUUAACUCCUGAUUCUCCAGCCAUCGAGUUCAUCCGGGAAACUCUAUAUGCUGCGCUAGGCGACGUCCUUGAAAGUCAUUCCUCCCUUCGUGAGAUGUUGAAGCUAGAUCCUUCUCGAGCCUACUUUGCUGCGGUUGCGUAUGCCAUUCUCGAUGUGGCUACGACAUCUCUGACGCCAGAGGGGGCAAUUGUGGGUGUUCUCGGUACUCCCUUAACACUCGAUGAUUGUCCUCCCCCUUUGCGACGAUUCAUGCUUGAACUAGCAGCGAUAGGUCAGCAGGCGGCAGAAAUUCAGGAGGCAGAUGAUGCCAGAGCCACGAAGUAUGCAUCUCAAGGGAAAUGCAUUCCUACUCCGAGGAUGGAGAGAGUACAGCAGAUGUUGGUAGAAGGUAUCGGUUGCUCGACUCAGCAUAGCGACGGAGAAGAGGGCAGGAGAAGUGUAGAAGGCAAAGCAGUAGCCUUUGCUAAUCGUAUCAAUGGACUGAGUUUAGCUUUGACUCACUUGAAAACAUUCAAAGACAGGCAGGAUCAAGUUUUCAAAGUGCUUGCAGGUAUUGGGUCCUCAUAG